UCAUUCGAAGCUCCACACAUAAUCGGUUCUGGAUAAGCGUUUAGCUGAAAAACCCAAUCCCAACUUGUUUCUUCAUGGCGUCUCCUUCGCUCUUACAAUCCACAUCCUCCUCCUUCCACGGCCCCUCCCCUUUCCUUGCACCACCAUUCUCCGCGCGCCUGCCCUACGCUAACCCCAGAAAUGGAUACGCCGGCGUCGUUUCGGUGAGGGCAACGGGAGAGAUUGUGUUGGUGGAUAAAUCGGAAGCCGAAAAACCCUACCGUCUCAAAACUACUUACCUAGACAAAAUUAUUCCUUUGCUUAAAGAAGAGUUCAAGUACACCAAUAUUCACCAGGUUCCAAAGCUUGAAAAGAUUGUGGUGAAUUGUGGGAUUGGAGAUGCUGCCCAGAACGCGAAAGGCUUGGAAGCCGCAAUGAACGAGAUGGCAUUGAUAACGGGGCAAAGACCUGUGAAGACGCGAGCCAGGAAUUCUAUUGCUACUUUCAAGAUACGGGAAGGUCAACCACUUGGAAUCGCCGUUACUCUUAGAGGAAAUGUUAUGUACUCAUUCCUAGAUCGGCUCAUUAACUUGGGGCUUCCUAGGACGAGGGAUUUCCAGGGUUUAAAUCCUAAUAGUUUUGAUGGACAUGGAAACUACAGUGUCGGAAUUCGUGAACAGAGUGUGUUCCCGGAGAUCAGGUUUGAUGCACUUGGUAAACCCAGAGGAAUGGAUAUUUGCAUCACGACAACAGCUAAAUCCGAUAAGGAAGGCCAGAAGCUAUUGGCCCUAAUGGGUAUGCCUUUUAGAGAAGGUGGUGGUGGUGGUGGUCCUGCAGCCCAACAACGCAAGAAGAAGCUGAGGGCUCACCACUUUGACAGGAAAGGUGGCAAGGGUGCCAAGGGUGGCCGGAGAUGAGAGUUUCCUCCUGCUAAAGGGCAAAAAAGAUGUUUGUACCAUUUUGUUGUCAAAUUGUGCAUUGCAUCAUUUUGUGAAGGUAUGCCCUAAAGAAUGAUUAAAUGCAGGUGAUUUGGUUGUAUUAUAUCAUCGUUUAGGGUAGUUCCAAUCUGGGAUUCGAUUCUGUACUGACUACUGAGUUCAAUGUAAAAGAAUUUAUCAUUUAUCAA